UUAAUUUUUUUACACAGACAAGGUUAGAAAAUUUUGCUAUUAUUAUUAUGACUCUGUCAGUUCUUUGUGUUUACUAAUUGGUUUGAAUAGAAAUAGUUUUAUUCUGAUAUUUUUUUUCCGAUGGAGUCUUUAGUAUAGUAGGUACUUAAUCUACUUUUUAAUUACUUUUACAAUUAGAUGAUACGUUACAUCCACUAAACGAUUGAAAUCCAAGAUGCCAGAAUGCAUAAUCGGAAACACAAAAAUUCACAUAGAAGUGCCUUUAAUCCUCAUAUUUUUUGCUUUUCUUCUUUCUGAUUCAAUUAAGACCAACCUCGUCAUCUUUCGAACCUGCUAUGUCACAUUGGAUUACAACAAAUCAGAAUGUGCCUUACUUGGAAGCAAACACCCCGACAACAAUACGGCCAAAUUAGAAAAAAUUGUUGAACCUUACGUGGCUUUAAUGAAUAUGGUUGGCUCAUUACUAGAUGGAGGAGUUUCAGCAGUGACCUGUUUAGUCAUAGGUCCUUGGUCAGACCGAUUUGGUCGAAGACCAGUUCUUAUUAUUCCAGUGUUAGGUUAUUAUAAUAAUACAAGAUCUGACCCUUCCAAAUUAUUAUUUUUAGGAUAUGUUGUAUCAUAUAUGCUCCUUGCCCUUCUUGCCGUUUUGGAAAACUUAUCUCCUUGGUACUUCCUUCUGUGCUCUAUUCCUGUACUUGCAACUGGAGGACUCUCUUCAUAUCUCACUGUGCUUCUAUGCUACAUCACUGAUGUCACCAACGAGAGCAACCGCGGAAUGAGAAUGGGCGUUUUUGAGGCUCUUCUAGCUCUAGGAAUAUUCCUAGGAAAUGUUUCAAGUUCCUACGUCUUUGAAGCCACUAACUACCCCACUGUUUUCCUAAUAUCAUCAGCGUUCUGUAUGCUCAAUUUAUUGUUUACAAUAUUUUUUAUACCGGAAUCUAUUACAACACCCGAAUCAGAGGGUCGUCUCAAAGGCCUGUUUCAAUUCGAAAAUGUCACAGAUUUGGUCAAAACUACAUUCAAAAAACGAAGAAAUUACGACCGCUGUGUUGUCCUCUCUUGUGUCCUAAUGUUGACAAUUUUUAUUCUUGUAAUAAAUGGAGACGGAGCUUUGAUUUUCCUAUUUUUAAGAGAAAAGUUUCACUGGUCUUUAGAACAAUACACCCUAUUCAGUGCUGCUCAUAGCUUGACCUGGGUUUUGGGCACUGCUGUCGGAAUUUAUUUGUUACACAAGUUGUUAAAAAUUCCAGAAACUAUAAUGAUUGUGAUUGGUUUUAUUUCAAUGUUUAUUGGGGCCGUUGUUAUGGGUCUAGCUAUAUACAGUUGGCAGAUUUAUGCUGCUGCUUUUUCGCGUGCCUUGGGUGGAGUUUUGAGUCCGAUGGUUCGAUCGUUGGUAUCCAAAAUAGUGCCAAAUGAAGAAAUCGGGAAAGUUUUUGCGUUGAUUGUCGCUUCGGAAUCUUUGAUCGGAAUGGGGGGAUCCCCGAUAUUUACUGCUAUUUACAAUGCUACGAUUUCGACUGAUGCAGGGAUUUUUAAUUUCGUAGCUGCUGGCGUUUAUAUCGUUGAAAUCUUGUUAGCAAUAGGAAUUAUUCUGGUGAGAAACGUUACAACGACUGAAAAUUACAACCAAAUUGUGAACGAGAAUGAUGACGAAGAGAGAUCAACUGUGGAUGUUUCAACUUCGUCGUAAAGAAACUGAAAUAUCUGUUGCGAUAUUAUUGAUAUGUGAUAUGUUUCUUAAUUAAAGAUAUUUUAAUAAGUUAACAGUAGGUAAUAGUGUUUGUAUUGUUUGUAUACGUAAGUGAUAUAUUUUUAUAUUUACUGCAUUGCACUGUAUUUAUGUAAAUAAAUA